AUGAAGUUUUUUAUAGCAAGUUCAGUGAUUUUCAGUCUACUGACUUGGGAUUUCGUCUACUCUCAAAGUACCGAGAGUGUAUUGCGCGACAAGUAUGAUGGCUAUGGAGAAGAUUGGAUUUUUAUGCCCGAUGGCAAUGAUCAGCCUCAAGUAGCUGUUUUAAAAGGGCACGAACCAGAAACUGUAAAUCGAGGACUAUGGGAAGAAGGUGUUACAUUUUUACUGUACACUAGGUCAAAGCCUAAUAAUGGUACAGUAUUGUACACUGGCAAUCCUAAUUCGAUAAAGAACUCCGACUUUUCCCCAAGACGUCCCACGAAAUUCAUUACACAUGGCUGGAAAUCGAGUGCAUCGAGCGCAGGACUUGUCAACUUAAAAAAUGCUUUUCUACAAAAGGUUGACUGCAAUGUCAUACUCGUCGACUGGGAGCCUUUGGCUGCAAGUACUUUUUACUUGGGCCCUAUGAGGAAUACUGCCGAUGUUGGAGCUGAAGCUGGAAAAUUCAUAGAAUUUUUAGUCCAGGAAACUGGUGUUCCUCGAAAGAAUAUCCAUUUUCUUGGACAUUCUCUUGGAGCACACGUAGCUGGUAAUGCAGCGUCUUCAAUACCAUCUGGAAAAAUAGCCAGAGUGACUGGACUCGACCCAGCUUUACCGGGUUUCCAUGCUAUUACGCCAACAAGUGGACGUCUGGAUGCAUCAGACGCUGAGUUUGUGGACAUAAUUCAUUCCUGUGGAGGUAUUCUAGGAUUUUUGCAGCCACUCGGUCACGCUGAUUUUUAUCCUAACGGAGGAAUCGCUAUACAACCUGGAUGUUGUUGUAUGCCAGAAAUGACAGAGGCAUGUAGUCAUGGCAGAGCUUACGUUUAUUACACAGAAAGUAUUCUUUCCGAGACAGGUAUGUUAGCGUCCCAAUGCAGUACCUGGGACAAAUAUCUAGGUGGUGAAUGCAAUGAUUCCCCGGUGACGUUUAUGGGAGAAUAUGUAGACCGUUCAGCAAAAGGAACUUAUUUUUUGAGAACGCGCUCACAAGCACCGUUUGGAAUUUCCGAAGAUUCUAACUCUGUUUGA